UCAGUUGCUUAUACUUUGUCCUCGUAUUGCAAUGAAGCAGUCAGCGAAUGAUAAAACGCUUCCUUCUUAGAGCGUGUACAGCUUAUGUCAGCGUUUUUUGUUUUCUGUUUGGCUAUAGAUAACCCAAUGGAAGAAGUUAUAUUGGGAAUGCCGGGACCUUGGGCCGAUGAUAAUUAUGAAGUGGCUGACCAUUAUACAACCAAAAUUGGAGGACUUCCUGACUGGCCAAUUCCUGAUAUUGGUAUUAAGCCUGAACUGCUAAUAUGUCCAUCAUGUAAAAGCAAUCUCUGUCUUCUUGCACAGGUUUAUGCUCCGAUUUCGAGCGAGAGUUUGACACUUGAAGAACGUGUUAUUUACAUUUUUGGUUGUGUAAUGCUGCAAUGUGGGAGCAAUCCUUCAAGUUGGAGAGCUCUUCGAGUACAGAAGUCAGUCAGUAGUGAAGAUCCAUUUGUACACAGUAAUGAUGUUGCCCCUUUUCCGUCGUCUUCUGUUUCAGCUGUUAAAAAUGAUUGGCAGCAAGACUUGUGGACAUUCGAGUCUAGAGAGGAUGAUGAUGGUGGAAACAGUGAUGACUUAGAUCUAGAGGACUUAAGUAGGGCAUUUUCUGAAGCUGCAAGUUUGUCUUCAAAUUCAAAGAAACAAAGUUGUGAUCCUGAGGCUAGUCUGAAGCCUUCAUCUACAGAUGAGAAAUCUAAAGCUAAUGAUAAACGAUUUCCUGUUUUGCCUUGCUUCUACAUAUAUGCACAGGAGGUCACUUCCUUGUGGUCGAAAUAUGGCUCACUGUCUGUGAAUGGGAACGAAAGUGAUCUUAAUGAUCAUACACCGGAAGAGAGAUGGGAAGAGGAGAAGUACGAAUAUGAUAAAGCCUUGAAUGCCGAUAGGACUUACCUCAAGUUCAAGAAACGUAUUGAUGCAUAUCCAGAGCAAUGCUUCAGAUAUUCAUAUGGUGGGAGGCCACUAGUGGCCUUUAUGGAUAAGGAAGAUGCUGGCACAUGCUGCCUUUGUGGUGGGUCAAGGCAAUACGAGAUGCAGCUGAUGCCGCCAUUGUUAUAUUUUCUACAGAAAGCAACCAGUAAACAACCCAACAUUUCUUUGGAGAGCUGGAACUGGAUGACUCUGAUCAUCUAUACCUGUUCUAAGAGCUGUGCAGAGUCUAUCCAUCUGGAUAAGCCCAACAAUCACGGCUGGGUUGUAGCAGAGGAAGCUGUUGUUGUACAGUUGGAGUAACAUUAUACCUCAAAGUUGUACUUAUGGGCGUAGUAGAUGGCAUCAGAAAACAUGCAUUUUGUUUUUUAGUUCCCCAUUUUUGAGCGUUUGACUUCAUCAUUUUGUUUUUUUUUUCAUUUAGAUGAUGAGCAAAGAAUCGUUAGUUUUCUUUUGAUCGUGUUCUUUCUUUCUUUCUUUCUUUUACAAGUAGCUAUAGAAUGGGGGAAAGAAUGAGGCAAAGUUUUUGCUGCUCAGAGGAGCAUAGCAGCAAAAGGAAUUUGGUCAGCAAUUGGAGCCUCCACACUUCAGUCCCCAAAUAAUUCAGGGGCUGUUUAAUGCGGAGAUUGUACCAUAUGCUCAAGCUGUUGAACUGUUAAAACAAGUUCCGGUACUUCACUUAAUUUGAUUGAUGUAUACAGAUUGA